AUGGACCGGCACUUGAAUAUAUUUCGUGGAAGAUUUUCCAGAGCUUACUCCUCUAAAAGACCGCCUUUCCGCGAUGUGUUUCCGAAUAAAAAACUGGUCAACAGACUACUAUUCGAAAUGGAUAGCAGGCUGGCAUUUUCUAAAUUAUAUCCAGUUUACGAGGCUGUUUACAAUUCUUUAGAGUCUGAAGUAUCUGGAAAGACUAUACCUACGUCUUUCAAAGGCGAAGAUGUGUUGAUCAUGAAAAAAGUGCUUGAAAAAGUGCGACACCGAACCAAGACGGUCAACAAGAACUUGACAGUUCUUGAAAACGAAUUGCUUGAAAACGCUGCCGAAUUGGGCAACAAUGAUGCAAUUUCUGCUCUCGCAUUCCAGGUUUUGGAAAACGCACACCGAAAUACACCAGCAGACGUCACACACGCUAAAAAACUCAUCAAGACAUUAUACCAAAUUUCACAUCCGCUCACAGUUAAGCUAACGGCAGAUCUCGCGUUUACGCGAAACGAUUUUGACAGUGCUGAACAAUAUUACAAGAAGUUUUUGGAAUUAGAAAGCGAUACCUACAGGGCAGGUGAAGUUACUGGGAAACUGGGAAUUAUCAAUUUCAGAAAGCCAAACUUGAGGGAAGCUGAACGCUAUUUUUUGGAAAGCAUUCGCCUCUGUCCACUGGAGCAAGUCGUUCAGUCAUAUUACCAUCUUUCCCAAUUGUACAUGGAUUCAGAGCCACUCAAGGCAAGGUGUCUGAUGGAAAGUGCAGCUAGCGAGGGUUUCAAAGAGAGCUUUCAGCUGUUAGGGUUCUUGGAAAUGAACUAUUUUCAUGAUAAUACAAAAGCCCUGGAGUGGUUCAAGCUGGGUAUGGAGUUGUUCGAUUUCGAGUGCUUCAUAGGUUAUUUUGACUGCAGUAUUAAGCUGAAAUCGUAUCAAAAGGCCAAAAAGUGUCUCCAGAGCAUGCAAACUUUAUCAAGCAACAAUGAAAUAGCAAAAAAGUCAUUCAAGCUGUUCAUUGACUCUCGAGCGGAGCAGAUCAAGCUACUGGAAUUCCGUACCACUCGUGUUGUAAAAGCUACGGACUUGUAUAUAAAUGGCAAUGACCUAAAUAGUGGCUCAUCGUUGGGAAAGGGAAAUAGAUGGGAUCUGUGA